AUGCAUAACUCCAAAGCCUGGAUCACCAGUGUCCUUACGGAACGGUGGUUCCUUCAAAGCUUCAUUCCACAAGUCAAGCAAUACCUCAGCGACUUGUGUAUGGAGUUCAAGGUCUUGUUGCCUUUGGACAACGCCGGUGGCCACACUGCUAAUCUUUGUUAUGAGGGAGUCCAGAUCGAGUUCCUCCCUGCGAACACCACCUCUCUUCUGCAGCCCAUGGAUCAGGGCGUAAUCCGUGCCUUUAAGACACUAUACACCCGGAACUCCCUCGAUCACCUAGUCAAGGCAAUGGAUGACGACAGUGAAUUCACGCUGAAAAGUUAUUGGCGAAAAUUUACAAUCGCUACCUGUCUGAACAUCAUCGAUAGGUCAUUGAGGGAUAUGAAGAAAGAGACCCUGAAUUCCUGCUGGAAGAAGUUGUGGCCGGAGUGUGUGAACGAUUACAAGGGAUUUUCUCCACAAGAAAUUCAACAUUCUGCAAUAGAUAAUGCCGUCAAAUUGGCGAAGAUCCUUGGUGGAGAAGGAUUCGACGACAUCACCAAGGAUGAAUUGGGAUCCCUGAUCAACACAUACUCUGAACUCUUAACGGACCAGGAUCAGGAAGAAAUGAUUGACUGUCAUCGACGAUGA